CGGUAAGCAAAAAAUUUCAAUGCAUCGGAUUAUAUUGCAGGCCCUAGUACUACCUUAAUAAUCCGUCAGUUCAACAUUUAAAUAAAUUUUGCAUUUAUUUAAUGCACUUUGUACUGUUUAUCAUUACAACUUUUUAUGAGAUAAGAUUACACUGUGUUUAGUUGACGCCAACAACAAAGUUAUGCCUUAAAAUUAUUAGUCAUGCGGAUUAGUGUUUAUUAUUUCAUUAAAAUAUGUCGGAACAUUUUAUGGUUUUGGUGGGUGUACGUUCCGAAAAGUUUUGCCUGUUUAUUAUGGGAAAUUCUGAAAGUUUGGUUAAAUCUAUACCGUGGUUUAUUCGGGAAUAGUAUGCUAAUUGUUAGAGGAAUAAAAAAACGAAUUGGUCCUUCAAUGGGGUGCUGCCCUAGUAUACCGAAAAUCAGCAAUGCAGAUGGAGAGCCUAGACGAAGAUUUAAUCACCCAUCAUCUUCAGGACCCAUUGUAGAGGAACAACCAACUAGAUCCCAUGCAAAAAGACCAGAAACUAAUCAAUCAACAAAACAACAUUUAAACAGGCCGCCACGAAAGCCUUGUUACAGCGAGGCUUCAACAAUACCUUCAAAAAUUAAACUUCCUAAUAGCGGAUUAACAGUUGUUAGAAAAUCUAAUGCAGAUAAUCCCAACACUUAUACGCGAAAUAGACAACAAUCACUUCAAUCAAAACCUGAAAUAGAUCAUGUUCCUUUAUCUAAAGUAACAGCUUGGAAAGGAAAUGAACAAAAUAGUGAUUGUAAUACCACAAACUUCACUGCUAUUGAUAUGGAAAAACAACAAUCGCAAACUAAACGUUUUAUGAAUGAUCAAAUGUUGCGGCCCAAAAUCAAAGAACCAUUAUCACCUCAACAAACUUAUCUCAAAAAAUCAACCAAUAAUGAUAAGCAAGGGUUGCAACCUAUGAAGGGAACUGAUUAUGCACAAAUAUCACAGCAUAAUGGAUCAGUUUUAGAUUUUAUUUUGUCGGAUCAAAAAGAACCAAGCUCUACACUUAAGUAUCUAUUGGAAAAUAAGGAAACUAAUUGGCCCGUUUUAAAUAAAAUUGAUGAUUUUGGUUAUGGUAACAAUAGGGCUGAACAUUUUGAGGCAAAAAUGCCUUCUAUGUCAAUAAGUAGAUCAGUUCUAGAUCAAAGAGAGCCAAGCUCUACACUCAAUUAUCCCUUGCAAAACAAGGAAACUUAUGGUUCGAUUUCAAAUAAAGUUGAUGAUCCUAGUGAUACUAACAAUAGGGCUGAAAAUUCUGAGGCCAAAAUACCUUCUACGUCAUAUGAUUCACAGCAUAAUAGAUCAGUUUUAUAUGAACUUUGGUUAAAACAAAAAGAACGAAGCUCUACACUCAAUUAUCCAAUGGAAAACAAGGAAACUUAUGAUUCGGUUUCAAAUAAAGUUGAUGAUCAUAGGGCUGACGAUGCUGAGCCAAAAACGCCUUCUUCAACUUUUACGUCAUAUGAUUCACAUGCUGCUUCCAGCAGCACUAUGCAAAGUCAUCAAAAUUUUGAGACAGUUAUUAGUCAUACAUAUGAACCACCUGAGAGACCAAAACGAACUGAAAAAGCAAAUAAAUUAUAUGAAGCUGGUUAUCAGGAAUCAAAUGAAUUAGAAAAAGCUGGCAUUGAAACUCUUGAGCAAUUCGAAGAAAGAAACUCAACUAGAACUUGUAGUGAAAAAGAUUUUUCGAAGACUUCUAAUCAAAUACUUGAAAAUGAAGAUGUUCAUCAAAAUUCAAGCAUAUUAGAUCAAGGUUUUAUGGAAAUUGAUUCUUCUGAUAAACCCAUGAUACCACAAAAGCCCAAAUCAAUGGUAGACAACCGCGAUUAUGUUCCAAUUUUCAGAGACUACAACGAAAUCGAUGAAAACGAUUUAAUAGACGACUUAACCGAAUCUAUUUUAGAUUCUAAAACAUACAAUCAAAUGAUUGAGAUGCUUACCAAAAUCUAUGAACAAGCUAAGCCUUUUCACGAAAAAAUCGAUCAGUUUACUGAACUUGAAAAUAGCAAUGCGCACUAUUACAUUGAAGAAAGUCUGAGACGGUGUAUCGAUAAACUGGAUGACAUGUUCGAUGAUAUUGGUGAUGUCAAGGCUCUAACGGACGAGCGAAAAAAGGUGUAUAAAUUUGUUUUUCCCAUGUUUGAUAGGCUAGAUGCCACGGUUCAGGAAAAUAAAUUGAGAAUCGAUGGCCGGAAGGAAUAAUUUUUCGUUAUUUUGUUUGUUUCAGGUACAUAAAGUACGUGUGUCCCAGUUAAGGACUGACCAGUAUUUGGAUUGGAAGCCAGCGUCAAGAUGAUCGGCUUGAGGUACCACUAGUUUACGAUACCGUGGAACGUCUUUGACUUCCUACUGGAGUAAUCUUCAAUUUUGGGUCUUUUAAUGAAGGACAUUAUGAUUUAUUUUCUGGUUUCACCCCCUUUGCUCUAGUGGCG